GCGACAACCAAACAAUCUCGUUGAGAUAGAAGUGAAACAAGCACACAACUCUGCAGUGUAGUUGAACCCACCUUGCUCGAUCAGUUCUCAAAAGAGUUUCUCUUUCCUUGGCUAAAAAAGAAAAAUCUGUUCUGUUUAUCAAACAGUUGGACAGAACAGACUGCUUCAAAAACAGUUGAACUUCAAGAAUGUUUGAAGCUGAAGCAAUUUGCACUCCAGCAUUGCUCCAAUUACCCAUUCCCACCAGAAAAUUUAUCUCCUUCAAACCCAGAAUUGGGUUUCUGACCAGAAUUUCAACUCCAAAUGUCUUGCUUUGCCAAACCCAUCAUUACUCUUGCUCUCUCUUUUCUACUCAACAGGACAGUAGAGCUCAGAACAGAAGCAGUUUCUCUUUAAAUGCUUCCUCAUCUUCAGUUGGAAGUGCAGGAUACAUAGAGGAGCCUGCUACCAAAGUGAGAUUUCAAACAUCUUUGAGCUUGCCUGGGUGCUCGAGUUCAUUGGCAUUGCUUGGAACUGGAUACAGGGAAAAAGUCUUUGCAAUUAUUGGCGUUAAAGUAUAUGCUGCGGGAUUAUACGUAAAUCAGUCCAUCUUAAAUAACUUGAAUGCCUGGAAAGGGAGAUCAGCUGCUGUGAUUCAGAGGGAUCCAUCCUUGUUCAGCUCCAUUUUUCAUUCUCCUUUUGAGAAAUCAUUACAGAUUAUUCUGGUUAGAGAUGUUGAUGGGAAAACAUUCUGGAAUGCCUUGAAUGAUGCCAUCUCUCCAAGAAUCAAAUCACCCACUUCUGUUGAUGAGUCCGCACUGUCCACUUUCCGCAGUACCUUCGAAAGGCAACCCCUUAAAAAGGGAACAUUCAUAUUUUUGACUUGGCCGCAGACUUCCAAAAUGCUUGUUUCUAUCUCAUCUAAUGGGCUUCCGUCUAGUGUGGAUGCUACAAUAGAAUCAGAAAACGUGAGUUCGGCACUUUUUGAUGUGUUCUUUGGAGAUGCUCCAGUUUCUCCUCCCUUAAAGGCUUCUGUUGCAAGUGGAUUGGAAUCAAUCCUCAAGUAGAUGUCACAAGUUAGUGUUUCAUUUUUUUUCUCUUUUCUUUGGGGCAUCUUGGUUGUUCUCUUAUAUGUAUGAGUCCAUUGACUACUUGAGCUGGCUUAGCUGAUAAAUAAAAGGUUACCUGAGCUGUAAUCUGUUG